CUGACGAUGAAGGCCUUUGCGUGAGGUACGGAGUGGCCACGACUCGUUCAUCACUCAGCUGCCAUCCUUGAUCCAUCAGCUCGUGAGCGACAUUCUCUCUGGGCAGACUCAGUCUGAGUGUACACAGACCUGCGGCUUUGAUUCGAAUCAACACGCCGCUUAGAAGCUCUCGUCCGACGGUGAGUGAGAAUGCGAUUAACUCGCCGCGACGCCAUCAUGUGAUUUGUGUCUUGAUGUGAUUGCAUUGCGCUGUGCAGGUGAUUCAGGCUCAUUAUUGACAGGCAAGCAUGCGCACGACACGUGCACCAGGCGCAUGCACAUUUCUUCGCUGUGUGUGUGCGGUGGAUGCAGCGGUGUGGGUGUGUUUGAGUGAUGUCUGAGGCUUACGGCCUCGGCGCGCCCUCUGCUGCCACGGCAAACCGUUACAACGGCGACGCAGGUACACCACACACAAAUCUAUAGGACACACCCCACACACAAGCACCAUCCCGCCAUGUGACUGCGUCUAUGCUGUUGUGCGUUUACUUGUGAUUGCGGACGACGUAGAUGAGGAGCAGCGUGGCGGUGGCGGACCAGCAGAGGAAGACGAUCGCAGCGGCAUUGACAGCGGUGAGUGACUGACCAAUCAUGGUAUACAGACCAACCGACACACCAGCAGCACGGCACACUGAUGUGUUCUCUGUCGGUGCGUCGCCUGUGUCUGUGGUCAGACGAGCAGAAGGAGGAGCAUCACGGCGGGGUGGCCGACGAGAUGGCCGAUGAGGAGGGAAGUGAUAGCGAAUCGGUGAGGCACUCAUUCUGUCAUUCACGAACACAACACGAGUCAAUGCGACUCGAUGUCCGGCACGUUUUCCCUUGCCCCUUUGUGGUGUCGGGAUGCCAUGCAGGAGGAUGGCGAUGGGGCUGGUGCUGGCGACGACAUGAACGAAGACGACAGUGAGUUGUCAGAUGAGUACAGUGACUCAUCCGACGACGGCUACGAGGAAGAAGGUACGCCUGACAGACAAAUGUGACAAUGCUAAACACACACGCACUCACUGUGUGCCUCCCUCGUGUGGUGGCUCUGUGCACUGCAGGUCAUCCUGUGGUGGCGGCCACUGGCGUGACUGUCCCAGACGGCUGUGUGGGCCCCACUGACAUCGAGGCUCGCUUCCCCCUCGGCACCAACGAGGCCACCAAGCAGCUGGGGCUGGGUGUCAUCGGCCGGACCAUUAUCGACCCACGCCAAGUGACCGCCCUCAUCCGGCAGAACGGCGCCGACCCAGACGUCAAGCCUCGGCUGCGGAAGAAGGGCAGCAAGCGUCCUGGGUUCGCCCACUCGCUCUACGAAUACCCGCUGCUCUGUCUCGCCAUUGACAACCAGACGGACUACACCGUCACGACCAUCGUAGCAGGCAGUGGUGCUCGCCGUUUUGUGGCCCUGCCAAAGUGGUCGUCUGCUGGGCUGCAGGCGGAGAUCCUCACCGCACUGCUCGACGGAGGCGCCGACAUCAACGCAACAGACGACGAUGCCGUCAGCAAGCCCUUGUGGGUGGCGAUCGCACUGGGCAACCAGACGGCCUUCGACAUCCUGACGGCGCGUCAAGACAUCGACCUGCGCCCACCAGGCCCACACAUGGUGAUGGAGCUGCCCCGUCCCCUGCGUCCGCCUCCCCCCCGGUAUCUGGAGGUGCUCAUGUCGAUGUAUCGGCAAGUCACCGCACGAGACCCCACCCUCGCCACCGAACACGGCAACGGCCACAACCUGGUGCACAUGGCAGCCAUGGUGGCGGGGGGACAGUAUCCCCAGUCCUUCAUCGACGCCUACCUCGACCUCAUCACGGCGAACGGCGCCGACAUGACGGCAGUGGAGGGCGAUGGAUGGACGCCAUUGCACUACGCGGAAUCGUGUGGCUCUCCCCACGUGGCCGACUACCUCUGCCGCAAGGUGCCCGCUGCUGACGACAUCAACAGACGGACCCACUACGGUACACUCUUCGGCAACACGCCCCUCGCCCUCGCUGCCGAGGAGCUCGAUCGCCGCACCCAACGGCUACAGCACCCGCACACGCCCGAGAACACCAAGAAGGAGUAUCGCGCCAAGAUUGACGAGUACAGGCAGAUCAUCCAUUCGCUGCUGCGGGCGGGGGCCGAUAUCAACAGCAUCUCCACAGCCACAGAGUGGGACCGCUGUGGCCGCCAGCUGGUGCUGGCCGAGUAUGCGACAAUACUCAACGAGCUGCCCGCUGCCGUGACGUCGGCUGUCAGCGCCGCCCUCGCCCCUCACCGCUCCCUCGCGGCCCUCCUGACCCCCCAGCUAGCCGUCGGCCCGCAGGAGGCCGCCAUCUUCGGCUGGCGCAUCGCGUCAUACCUCUUCGACAUGGAUGCCGCCCAGGAGGCCGUCAGUGAGGCCGGUGUGCGGCACACCGACAUGGCCCACCGUGUGUGUGCGGCAGCGGAGCACUUCGUGCGCUCGGCAGUGUACCAGGCCAGCAGCAACAGGGAGGUGGUCGGCGGGACGGCCGAUGUGGGCAGCCAGGUGGUGCGUGUGCCGCAGCUGCAGUGCUUUGUGGUGGGCGGUAUGGGUGGCCGCAAGAUGGAGCUGCGUGAGAUGGUGCAGCGGGCAAUCCUGGACGAGGCGGCCCAGUGGGGGCUGGCGGGGGAGAUCGGCAACGGCUUCAGCAGGGAUGUGCCCGCGGUGGUGUGGGGGGCGGUGGGGUGGGUCGAGAGGGGGCGGGACGGCAGGAAGACGUUCAGGUCGCUGCGGAUGACGUGAGAUACUCACAGAGACAGAUUUGGGUGGGAGGCAGGCAGGUUGGGGAUUUUGAUGUGUGGAUGGAUUGUUGUUGGUGCCUGACCCACCCGAGUGCUUCCCUGUCGCCCGCCCCAGGUAUGUUUGUGAUAGAGAGUGCGUGUCUGACUGGACAGCUCGACAGAUGGGGAUGGAUGAAUGGAUGGAUACCAUUGGAUGAAAGGUGGUCAGAUAAA